AUGUCAACAGUCGUCGACAUCACAUGGUCACCAUACUGCAGCAUCACGCCAAUCUAUGCAGCCCAGUCGCUUAACCUCCUACAACCUUCUCAGCCUGGCUCAAAAUUUCAUCUCUGGAAUUAUCAUGCCAGAAAGAAGCCCUCUACCAGCUCUUCUCAGCCUCCUAAGCCUCCUACCAUGCAACAACAUAACGGCGGAGCAACCCAAAGCAAUCUGUCAUCAUCACAGCAACCGAAUACCACAGCAAUGGCAUCCACUACAUCUCCUGCAGCUAUUGGCACUGCAGCGGCAGCUGGAACCUCGCAUCCUGACAUCACCAUAAAACGAGCCAGAUGGCUGUCCAUCACCGUCCACCUCCAUCUCAAACCCUCCUCCCUUGAGAUCUCUGGCCAGUCUGACAAUGUCAUAGGUUCCAUCCACUAUGGCCAUCUCACCAAAGCCGUCACAGCGCUCUCAACAUCUCAUCCGGAUGUUCGUGCACUCAUGCAUGAUGUCACUCAGAAAGUGUUCCUUUUGGUUGGAGAUGCCGUGCGCCUUGUCAUCAGCCUUCCGAAGCAGAUUUUACUAGCAAACGACAGAGUUUAA